AUGGCUCCCAAACGCAAGCGGGCUGGUACCGUAGGCUCCAAUGUCGCUGUCGAAACAAACAACGAUCUUCCCCAGCCUUUAUCCCAGGACGCGUCCAAAGAGGACACCACCACUCAACAAACUCCCCAGACCCUCAAGACAUCAAAAUCCGAAGACAAUGACCAAGACCUGCCUAACAAGCGAUCUCGCUCAGAAAACCACACUCAGGACGAUGAAGACGAGGAGAAAGACCUUGGUGUCAAUGGUGAAGCUGGCACCAUGAAGAUGGAAGCUCCUCCCAAGGCUGGCCUGGUUGAUCCUGUCGGCUACAAGACCAAUCCUCCUCCUGAAGGUCGCCCUGUGCGCAUCUAUGCCGAUGGUGUCUUUGACUUGUUCCACAUGNGGGUACGCAGCUUGUUCCCAUACCAUUCCCAGAGCAGCUUGUUAACAGAACCUAGACACAUGCGCCAGCUCCAACAAGCCAAGACCGCCUUCCCCAACGUUCAUCUUCUCGUCGGUGUCACUGGUGACAAAGAGACCCAUCGCCGCAAGGGUCUGACCGUGCUGAGCGGAAAGGAACGCGCCGAGACCGUAAGACACUGCAAAUGGGUGGACGAAGUCAUAGAAGACUGCCCCUGGAUUGUCGAUGUCGAGUUCCUCGAGAAGCACGAGAUUGACUAUGUCGCUCACGAUGAUAUCCCCUACGGCGCCGACGAGGGUGACGACAUCUACAAGCCGGUCAAGGAAAAGGGCAUGUUCCUGGUUACACAGCGCACUGAGGGUGUCAGCACCACUGGAAUCAUCACAAAAGACUACGAACAAUACAUCGCGCGUCAGCUCAAGCGUGGCACCACUCGCCAAGAGCUCAACGUAUCGUGGCUCAAGAAGAACGAGCUCGACAUCAAGCGCCACGUCGCCGAGCUGCGCGACUCGAUCCGCACCAAUUGGACCGCAACUGGUCAAGAGCUUGGCAGAGAUCUCAGACAAUUCUGGCAGCCCAGCAGACCCAGCAGCCCGGCUCGCGGCCUCUCGACUCCUGAUCGCCUUGGUUAUAACUUGCGCCAGGGCGCUUCAAGAGGCAGCAACAGCGACUUUGCUGCUGGAUACACAAUGGGCCUUCUCGGCAGCGUUCGCAGCUGGGUAAAUCCCCGCAAGGUCACCUCUUCUAACGACAGCUCAACUGACCCUCAUGCAGNNAUGCAACGCAACCGUAGAACCCUCAGCGAUGGCAGACCUGAUAGUCCCGACAGCGGCGAGGACAGUUCUGACUUGAGAAGCCCUGCCGACCCGGCUAGAGGCCGCGCCGGCAAGCACGUUCAAGACGAAGUGGAUGCACAGUUCACCCACGAGAUGAACUAG